AUGCGUAUCCUCUCGUCCUCCAUCGCCGAGACGGUGAUGCUUGCACUGCUGUCGAUAUUGAUCAUAGAUUCCAACAACGCCACCGUACUGAAUGGGACCGACAUAGCUUUAAUUAGCUGUGAUGCAUCUUCCUAUUCUGGCGGUGCCAAACCGGAUAGCAUCCUACAAUCAGCUAUCACCGGCGGCCCAAGGGCCAUUGUCCUCUACACCACCGAGUUUUCUCACUGCAACUACUCUACAAAAGACGGGGAACUACCCCGGUACCAUCCUGUUUUCACCACCACUAAUCCCCUCGCUGUCCGCGAGUUAAUAGCCAGCCUACGCUCGGGGCAACAGUCCCUAGAGGAUGCCACCAUAACCCUAGACAUGGACGUACGCCAAUUCACGUCUGCGGAUGAAGGCAGCCAGCGAAAUAAUGUAGCCAUGAUAAUCCUGUACAGCAUCACUGGUAUCAUCACUUCGCUUUUCCUCAUCGUCAUCGUCACCGGAGCCAUCAGAGCCCAUCUUAACCCUGAUCGUUAUGGACCUCGAAACACCGCUGGUCGACCCCGCCAGAGCCGCGCCAAAGGCAUUGCACGUGCCAUGCUCGAGACGCUACCCAUUGUCAAGUUUGGUGACCCGGAGGACGAAAAAUCUCCAGCAGCGAAGCAGGACCUUGAGCUCGCGUCCAACAAUGCAGAUGCUGACCAUGAUCGGAGAAGUCACGAUGAGAGGGCUGAUGGUGUCAUAACCCCUGACACGCGGCAAUUGGACCAUCCCCAGCCACAGCAGAAGCCAGUAGAAUCAGAGCAGCAGCGGCAGCAAACUGCUCAAAUAUCUGCGGCGGCUUCGGCAUCCUAUGUACAUAUAAAUAAGGAACUGGAGCAAGAGGAAGCGGGUGUCAUUGGCCCGGCGGCCCUUGAGCCGAACCCUGUCAACCCGGAGCAUACGACAGAUGGUGGUGCAUUGGGCUGCCCCAUCUGCACAGAUGAUUUUGUAAAGGGUCAAGACGUGAGGCUUCUCCCGUGCAAGCACAAAUUUCACCCAGAAUGCGUUGACCCUUGGUUAAUAAAUGUCUCCGGGACCUGUCCUCUUUGCCGCGUAAACCUCAACACCGAAGAACCGGACGUCGACUCCGACGACACCGCAACACAAACCUCUACAUCCAGAGCAAGCACUCCCACUUCCCAACCAGCAGCGCAACAACCCAACCACCCUCACCACCAUCAAUCACGCCGCCUCGAUAUGCUCCGGAGAAUGCAACGGAGCAGCGAACCCCACCAGGCGAACAGCAGCAGCAGCGGUAGCAACAUCCACACGAUACCGGUAUCUGAGCCGUCCUCGUCGUCUAUGGUGCUGAGCCAGGGACAGCCGGAUGAGGCAUCGAGGAGGCAUCGGCUAUCAUCGUGGUUGAGGGAGCGGUUCCGGGUGCGGACGAGGCGGCAUGGGGAUGAUGAAGAUGACGAAGAUGAUGGAGACGAUGAUGGUGAUGGACAUGGACAUGGCAAUGGCAGUGCGACACGGACGAAUUUCGGCGCCGGUGCCAGUGCCAGUCCGAACUCCCCCGCCCAUGCAGACGGCCAUACAGAGACUGCUGCAGAUACAACAAUCCUUACCACUACUACGACGACGACGACGACGACGACAACGACUACCACCACCAGCACAACUCCUCAACAAACAACAACAAAUCCAGCGCCUCCAGAGCUCUGCCACAAAUCACCGAGAUAG